AUGUCAUUCUUGAGAAUAAUUGAAGAAGUUGACUCAUUCAAGAAAACUGAUGCUUUUUAUACUUUUUUAGAUCAUGAAGGAAGAACUGGACUCGGGUAUAUAGAUCCCACAAUUGUUAAAUUACUUCAAUCGGAACCAACCUUCAACACCAAUCAUGAAGCUAAAACAAUUGCAAUUGGCUCCAAAUUCGAUACCAUUGAAAAGAGAAAUGACAUGUUUGCUGAAGUUGCAGAUAGAUGGAGAAAGCUUCCCGAAUUAGAUGAGAUACUCAACAAAGGUUGGAGAAAUGAAUUGUAUGUCGUUUACAACCCCUCUAAAACACAAUACAUGCGAUUAGAGAGGGCAUUCUCGGUACUUUUAGGUGUUGUUACAUACGGUGUUCACAUAAAUGGGUACGUGCCACCUGAACUAUCCUCAAACGGUAAAUUAAAACUCUACAUCCCAAGAAGAUCUAAAACGAAAUCAACUUUUCCGGGUAUGUUGGACAAUACUGUAGCCGGUGGAAUAGGGUAUCCCCAUGGGUUAGAGACUACCGUGAUUAAAGAAUGCUUCGAAGAAGCGGGGUUAGAAGAAGAUUUUGUUCGCAAGAAUAUCAAAAACACUGGAGUUGCCACUUAUAUCUACUUGAAAGACGGACGUGCUCAACCCGAAGUGGAAUACACUUAUGAUCUAGUCAUUAAAGAAGAUGAAGCUCAUUUGAUUAAACCACAGGAUGGUGAAGCUGAAGAUUUUCAACUAAUGGCUAUAGAUGAAGUGUUGCAAAGAGUCAAGAAUAGAGAAUUUAAACCAAAUUGCGGAUUGAUUAUAAUCGACUUUUUAAUCAGACACGGGUAUAUAACUGCAGAGGAUGAGCCAGACUAUUUAGAGAUCGUUUCUAGGUGCCAUGUGAAAUUUCCAUUUCCAACUCGAUAG